AUGAGUUCCUCGAUUUAUCUUCUCCCCGAAUUUCUUGGUGGAGGCGGAAAUACACUUUUCCAAGAUGCAGUUCAAGUUAGUGGUGAUCCAAUCCAAGUAAGUGGAUAUAAACUCUUUACUUUUCUUCGGAGAUUAGAUAAUUCUGGAUUUUCUACUUAUUGUGUUGCCUUAGCCUGUCCAGGAAAAGAAUGUAUAAUGUAUCCAAUCCAAUUUACUCAUGGUAUUCCUGAUUUUGAUUCACUUGGAUUUUUAAUUACUCCAUCACAACACGGAAAUAUUAUACAUAUAUCUCAGGCAACAUUCGAUGUCAUGGAUAAAGUCGAUAAGGCAGUUGUUAUUAAGUCAGGAGACUGGCUAAAUGAUAAAAUUCGAUUUCAUCAAAUUGCAGCAAUGCACUAUUUAGGCGUGGUUCCAAAUUUAUCACCAGCAAGCUUCUAUCAAAACGAUAUGAUGAAGUCAUGGGAAAACAAAUUGCACCAAAUAUACGGAACUUACGGAGAUCUUAACAAUGCUUUGAUAGCUAUAUUUAAGAGAGUAUCCUAUUCACUAAACUUUUUCUGCAUCUCUCUCGGAAUACAAGUACUAGGAAAUAUCGUUCUAGACCAUCAAUUUUGUUUUGGAGCUUUAUACGAACCAUUACUUAAAUCUCAUGAGAUUAUAUUCAUUCGAAAUACAGUUCCAGGCACUAUUGAAGCCGAAUCACCAUUUACUGUACUCUACAACGCUCUGCGUAUCACAAGAGAAUGUUUUAAUAAUUUAAAUUUCUCUGUUGCCUCAUUAGACGACCAAAAUGGCUAUAACAAUGCUGUACAAAGAUUCCAAGAGUCUGUUAAGAUACAAGUAGGCUGCUGCGACAUAAAAACUCUCAGAAAAUUAAUGAUUACUUCAAAUAUGCAAAAACUUGAACAAUUACCUAUUUUUAAGAUGGCCGGUAUCAACAUAAACAUCAUCCAUGAACCAGAUUUCCCAAUCAUACAGCCAAUAAGUAGACAAGAACAGGAUCCUCUCGCUGAACAAGUUCGAAAUGAAAUAAAUAGCGCAAUUAACGGUCUUCCAGACCCAGCCACGAAGAUUGAGUGGCUCAACUCAAGGAUAGAAGGUAUGUGCAACGAAUGCAAUGAUAGAUGCUUGGAUAUGAGUGCUAGAGUUGAUUUAAUUGAAAAUCGUAUCGCAGAUAUGUCAAGACAAUUAAAAGAUAUAGUCGAAGAGUCAAAGAUAGCAGCAAAGAGGGUAGAAACAGCUGCUACAACACUGGAUAACGUUUACAAUGCUCAUAAUAAGAUUCAGAGCAAAUUCGACAUUUUAAGAGAGAAAUUGUUUACAGAACAAAGAAAUACACGCGUUACUCUUAUUAUUGGUGUUAUUUUGACUCUUCUCGGCGCAUUAAUUCUUAGAAUUUAA